UGUAAAUAUUUUAUUACAUGUUAUUUUAUUAAUGUUAAUAAAAUCAAAGAUGAUACUGCAAAAUAUAUUUUGCACUAGAUGAUACACACUCAGUUUUGUAAAGGUUUAAUAUCUGAAAGUGCAUUUUGUAAUAUUAUGGUAUUUAUUUUAAUUGAAUAGAGGAAAUUAAAGUUGUCUAUUUAGUUUAUUUGUUUAGUUAACAGUUUAAGUUACCAAGUUUACUACUUACUAUUACUUAAAACCAUUUACUAGUUAAUUUUCUGGCCUUGUUUGUCUAUUCUAUUAUGUAUAGCAAUGUGCUAUGGUAAUUAUUUAAGUGCUUACAAGGUGCGCUAGUGGCUGAUGUGAUGGUGUAACUUACUUCUCAUUGGUGUGCACUAAAUUGUUAAUGCUCAAGCAGACCUAAAAUAAAUAAUUACUGUUUAUCUGUUUUUGUUACCUCCACUAGUGAUGUGGUAAAGAAUUUAAAUGGAUUGUGAAAAAUUAGAAGAAUAUUCAAAUCAUAUUCAAGAGCUUUGUACUUUAAAUAGCUCAAAAGGAGAAAUAAAUCAUAUACAGUUGCUUUCUUCUCAAAUGGACUCUCUUUUUAUUUCUAAAAAAUUUUCUGAUGUAACUUUUAUUGUGGACAAUCAAAAAUUUUUUUGUCACAGAUUAAUUCUUGCUGCCCGCUGUGAAUAUUUUAGAGCUCUUUUUUAUGGUGGAAUGCGAGAGUCUAACUCAACAUCAGAUAUUGUAAUAUGUGAUACAUCUUCUACAUCAUUUCAAAUGUUGCUGAAUUACAUUUAUUCUGGGUUAGUUGUGUUGAAGACUCUGAAAGAUCAUGAAGUUAUUGAUUUGUUAAAUGCAGCUAACAAAUAUGACUUAUUAGCGUUGCAAAAUGCUGUUGGAUCCUACUUAGAGUCAAUUAUUAGUAUUGAAAAUGUUACUAUUAUAUAUGAUGCAGCAUGUUUAUAUUCAUUAACAUCUUUAAAACAAAAAUGUCUAAUCUUCAUAGAUCAUAAUGCAAUAGAUGUUUUGGCAUCUGAAAAUUUUGUAAGUCUUUCAGAGACUUCUCUAUUGGCUAUAAUUUCAAGAGAUUCUUUUUAUGCACCAGAAAUAAACAUUUUUAAUGCAAUUGUUGACUGGAUAAAAAAUAAUGAACCAAUGUUAGACAAAAAUUCAAUUUUAAAGUAUGUGCGAUUACCAUUAAUAAGUUUACAUGAUUUGUUUCAUGUUGUAAGAAAAUCUAAACUUUUUAAUUCUGAUGCAAUAUUAGAUGCUGUUCAGAUGAAGACAGAAUUGGGUGUCAGUGAUAUGCCUCUACGUGGAUAUUUAGAUUCAGAAACAAAUUUGGCUCAAAAUUGUUUUGGUGCCACAGUUUUAUCAGGAGAAUUCUGUGACACUUUGUUUGAUGGAGAAUUUGCAUGUUAUGAUCUCGAAAGAGGUUUUACAAGGCACCUAAUUUCAGAUGAAAAACAAGGUAUUGUGGUAGCAUUAAGUCGUCCUAGUAUUAUCAACAUGAUUAAACUAUUGUUGUGGGAUAAAGAUCAGCGAUCAUAUUCAUAUAUUAUUGAGGGUUCUCUUGAUAAUCAAAAUUGGAUUCAAAUUGUUGACUAUUCUAUUUAUAUGUGCAGAUCGUGGCAAAAAAUAUGCUUUCCACAAAGAGUAAUAAGGUAUAUUCGUGUUUUGGGAACAAAUAAUUCAGUCAAUAGAUACUUUCAUUUGGUCACUUUUCAAUGCUUCUAUACAAGUGGAUUAACCCAUGUAAAAAAUGGAAUAAUCGUUCCUUCGUGUAAUGUAGCAUCAGUAACUGCAAGUGCUCAAGUUAUAGAAGGUGUGAGUCGAAAUCCAAAUGCACUAAUUGAUGGUAAGACAGAAGCUUAUGAUUGGGAAUAUGGAUAUACUUGCCAUCAUAUUGGAAGUGGUUGCAUCAUUGUUCAACUUUCACAACCUUAUUUGAUUAGUUCAUGCAGAAUGCUUCUUUGGGAUUGUGAUGAUCGUGAUUAUAGUUUCUACAUUGAAGUGUCGCUUGAUUGCAAAAACUGGAAAAUGGUUGUUGAUAAAAGAGAUGUAUUGUGCAAGCGUUGGCAAAAUAUGAUUUUUGAACCUGAGGUUAUAUCAUUUAUCAAAAUUGUAGGAACAAAAAAUUCUGUUAAUGAGGUUUUUCAUGUGGUCCACUUUGAAUGUCCUUCAUCAAUAGAAUGCUUCAAUUUAACUAAAUCAUAAUGAAUUUUAUUUUUGAUAUUUUUAAAUGUUUAAUAAAAAACAUAUGUUUAUAAA